UCCCCUGCCGUCAGCAUGGCAAACCGGGGACCGUCGUACGGCCUGAGCCGGGAGGUGCAGCAGAAGAUAGACCGGCAGUACGACCCGGAGCUGGAGCAGGUGCUGGUGCGGUGGAUCCUGGCGCAGUGUGGCGGGGAUGUCGCGCAGCCGGCACCUGGCAGGGAUGGCUUCCAGCAGUGGCUGAAGGAUGGCACCGUGCUGUGCCGGCUCAUCAACAGCCUGCACCCGCGGGGCCAGGGGCCGGUGGCCAAGAUCCAGGCGUCUGCCAUGGCCUUCAAGCAGAUGGAGCAGAUCUCACAGUUCCUGCAGGCGGCCGAGCGCUACGGCAUUGCCGCCACCGACAUCUUCCAGACCGUUGAUCUGUGGGAAGGGAAGAACAUGGCGUGUGUGCAGAGGACGCUGAUGAACCUGGGCAGCCUGGCUGUUGCCAAGGGUGACGGGCUCUUCGUGGGAGACCCCAACUGGUUCCCCAAGAAGUCACAGGAGAACCGGCGUGUCUUCUCCGAGGACAAGCUGAAGGAGGGCCAGAGCGUCAUCGGGCUGCAGAUGGGCACCAACCGGGGCGCCUCGCAGGCCGGCAUGACCGUGCUCGCCCCAUGGCUGAAGCCGUUGGCUCUCCCCACCUUUCGUGUCGUCUUCGACAGAGAUUGA